AUAGGGUUGUGCAAGAAUUGCCAUCCUCAUAUAAAGUAGGUUGACCCUUAGGGUAUAUAUAUGUAUGUAUAGUACAUACACAAACAUACAGAAUAUACAAUAUGUAUAUACACCCAUGACAGCUGGUGAACAAAGGGUAAAUUGUAAUUAUUGCACUUCAUAUCAAUCAAGACAGGGAAGGUGGCAGGAUCUGUACAUUUGUCUACAUGACAUUUAAUGUUAUUCACAUGUAAAAAGAGAAGACAGUAAUACUGAGAGUUACAGAGAGAAAAAACCCCAGAGGACUUUGUUGAGGAAACAACGUCUGUGACAACAUUGGGCCAACUUUGGGCCAACCUCUCCCUGCUAUCUGGGUAGGCACUUUGUAUUUUAAAAAGGCAUUUCAAGCUUUUUCCCAUCUUGUACACCACCUUUACUUUUGUUGUACCUUUGGUAGCACAUAGGCUACAUCUUUUUAAAGAGCAUACAUUUUUCGGCCUUGUAUAAUUUGUAGCUAAUAAAUAAGUCUCGACUUUUAUUUUGAAAAUAUUACGAAUGGCGGCCAUGUUGAAAUUGUCCUUAUUGUCGCUAGCUACGCUCCGCUGUAUAAAAUCUUUGUUGUCGGUAGAGAUGCGAACAGCCGUCGAUUGUCAAGCACUAAUCGCAACCUCCAGAUCCACGAGCAAAUUAUAUUUAGCUGAUGUUUAGAAGAUGUUGCACCUGUGUUCCCAGAUCAGAUUAAUUAUGGAAGUCGUUGUCAAGACGACGUUAGCCGAGAUGGAGAAAGUAAUCGAGACUGGAACCCUACAGUCCCUGACAGAAAUCGACACAUGUAACUCUAACUCACCAAAUACAUCUUCGGAACUGAUGAUCUCCCAUCUUUGUCCUUUCAGACUCAGCUGACGUCUGUCUUGGAAGUGCUGGCAAAGGAAGCAGUGGACAAAAUCUGUAGGCUUGUAAGUGAAGGCCAGUGCGGCAGUCCGGUGGAGCAGGAAACAUUGAAGGGAAAUUUUGAACGAAUGGACCAAGGGUUUAGGACUGCACUCAAAAAAAUCAACGGGCCUGAGGCAUAUCAACAGUAUUCAGAUCAAUUCUACAGAAAAGUUCACUCCCCUAACCAACAAAAAAGGGAUGCUUCAGAUACACAAGGUUCAGAUGAAAGAGGAUGUUCUGCUUUGGAAGAGUCAACCAAUGAAAAAGCUGCAGAAGAAAAACACUGCAUCAGAAAUGAAGAGGUAGAGCAACUGAGUGAGGUUGUGAUAAAGGAAGAGGGGUUUGAGGAUUCUACAGAAGACACUGAGACUGAUGGAGCAGAUGGAGAGGUUUCCCAGCUGAUAUCCUCAGACAAACUAUAUACAGUCACUGGUGACCAAGCAAACAAGAGGACAUGUCAGCAGCUGAAAACCUUAAGGAGCAAAGGCACAAAGAUCACUUGCAAUGCAGGGAACCGGUUUCGCUGCAGACACUGCAGGCAGAGUUUCACUAAAUUAGCGUACCUCAGAGUGCACAAGGAAGCAAUGCACAAAGUUGAUCUGCCCUUCACCUGCACAUGCUGUGGAAAAGGCUUCAUGCUGAAGUGCAGUUUGGAAAAGCAUCAGCUCAUUCACACUGCAGACCAACCACAGCCUUGCAGUCUGUACAGCAAAACCUUCACAGAGAAACCAUGUGUUCAAAAGCAUCUGAGAUCUCAUUAUAAUCCAACAACUUUUAGCUGUAGUAUGUGCUCAAAAUCCUUCAGCCGUUUGUACACCCUGAAGAAACACCAGUUGGUUCAUACGGGAGAGAAGACGUACUGCUGUGGCACCUGUGGCAAGGCCUUUAGCAUCGCUGGAAACCUGUACCGCCAUCUGCGCAUCCACACUGGGGAGAAGCCAUUCUGCUGCCACACUUGUGGGAAGAGCUUUAACCAGUUAGACACUCUGAAGACCCAUCAGCGUAUCCACACGGGAGAGAGGCCAUAUAGCUGUAAGACAUGUGGGAAAAAAUUUGUCCAGAGAAGUGGGCUCAAAACUCAUAUGCGCAUUCAUAUGGGUAAGGACCUUUUCUCUUGCAUGGUCUGUGGAGAGAAACUGGCCUGCAUAGAUUCCUUUAGAGGGCAUGUACAAAUGCAUGCUGGGAGUAUGCCUUGCCAGUGCUCAGUCUGCAGACAACAACUAAGUUCUGUUAGUGCCCUGUGGACUCACCAGCAGCUUCAUGCCAGUGACAAAGUGCACAACUGUGAUGUCUGUGGAAAGAACUUCAAGUCAUCCUGCAACCUGAAAACCCACAAAAAAGUCCACACAGGAGAGAAGCCCUUCAGCUGUGAGAAAUGUGGAAAGACAUUCACUCAACAAAGCAGUUUGAAGACACACCAGAGUGUUCACACUGGGGACAAACCUUUCAGCUGUGAUGUGUGUGGCAAGAACUUUGGAACUCUGGGAAAUCUUAACCGACACCAGCGCAUACACACAGGAGAGAAGCCCUUCAGCUGCAGUAUAUGUGGGAAGAGUUUUAAUCAGGCCAACAGCCUGAAGGCUCACCUCCAGGUGCACACGGGGGAGAAGCCCUACAUGUGUGAUAAAUGUGGAAAGAGCUUCUCCUACCUGAGGAACCUUAAAGAACACAAAUGUGUCUAUCGAUACGACGGGUAUGUUGACCCCUUUUAAAUGUUUUUUACACAAAGUAAUCUCGAUGGUCAUAUGGAACUUCUUACUUGAGAAAAGAAAUGUACAAUUGUGUGUAAAAGUUUGGGCACCCUUCUGAUUUGAAUACAUAUAGUCGCUUAUUGCUAACUGAUUGAAACUAAAAAUUCUUUCGAUCAGCUGAUUGAACCUUCAACUGCAAAUAAAGCUGCAACAAAUCAUGAAAAAGCUAAUUUAACAUAGCUAAUUGUAGGUGUGCUUUUCCUUCCUUCUCUGUUGGAGAGUAGCAACAUGGGAACCUCAACAUAACUCUCAAAUGACCUACAAACUAAGAUGAUUGGUCAAUAUGAAUUAGGAGAG